AUGUGCGGAAUAUUCUGCAGCAUUUCGCAAAACCGCGAAAAAGACGGCGUGCGAAUUUCACGCGAGGUACCGAAUCGUCGAAUACACGGUACGAUUACAAUCGCAUUUACGAUCGACGUCAUUGACGAUACGAUUCCUGGUGUUUCAGUGGGAAGCUUGCAAGAACUUGGUAACCGCUCGUGGUCCCGACAGAGUAACGGAAAAAUUUGAGAAUUUAACUCCAAUCUGGUCCGGACACUUCGUCGCUGCCGUGUUAUGGACGCAAGGUUCAGACUUGUGCGAACAACCUGCCGUAGAUUCUGCCGGGAAUAUUCUUCUUUGGAACGGCGAUAUAUUUUCUGGGAAUUUGGCAAAGGCCGAAGACGAUCGGAGAUGCGACACCAACGCGCUGUCAUCCGCUCUGCAGUCAUCUUCAAACGUGCCGUCGGUGUUUCGAGAGAUCCAAGGCCCCUACAGCUUCGUAUAUUUUCAAAAGUCCACCAAUCUUCUGUACUUUGGCAGAGACAUCGUCGGCAGACACAGUUUACUUUUAAAAGCGAACAGCGACGAAAAUACUCUGACGUUAACGUCCGUCGCGAGCAAAGAGGUAAACGAAAUCGUAGAAAUUCCCGCGAUUGGAAUUUUCGUCGUGAAUUUAGACGAUUCGAGAGUGAAUCUCGCUUGUCAUCCGUGGAAGGAGCCAGACUCGCGUUUCACCGACGUCGUCGAGUCGUUGGAGACACACUCAGGCGUGGAUAUCGACAUCAGAGAAACUAUAUGGAGAUCGGACGCAUCCGCGAGACGUUUACACUCGGGUCCCGAUGUCGGAGACUCGGAUCGUUUGGAAAACAGUCCUUACUCGGGAAAUUCGCGCAAAACGUUGGAAUAUCUGUUGGAAGACAAAGAUACCGCGGAAAGAGUGGAUCGUUUGUUGCGGCUUCUUCGGAAAGCCGUAGAGGUUAGAACAAAGAAACAGCCUAAAUUUUGCAAAACGUGCAUCGAAUUUGUUCUGAGAGACGGGAAAGAAGUCGCGUGCGAUCACUCGAAAAUAGGUAUAUCAUUCUCCGGCGGGUUGGACUCUGCCAUUUUAGCCCUAAUUGCCGAUAAAUACGCGUCGCAGUACGAACCCAUCGACCUGAUCAACGUAGCGUUCGAAAAGUCGGGGAACGCGCGCAACGACAAAUCCAAGAAAUCCAAGGAAUCCAACAACGAGAAAGAAAGCACGGACGACCCGUACGACGACGUUCCCGAUAGGAAAACCGGGAAACAAACGUUCCUAGAACUGUCAAAGAUCCGCCCGAAACGGAAGUGGAAUUUCGUGGAAGUAAACAUCAGUCGAGCAGAAUUACAAGAAUACCGUUCGUCGCGAAUUUGCAACUUGCUGCAUCCACUACGCACCGUGUUGGACGAGAGCUUGGGUUGCGCCGUGUGGUUCGCGAGUCGAGCGAAAGGCACGAUUCGUUCGAGCGCGAACACGUACGAGUCCCCGUGCAGAUCGCUGCUCUUAGGCACGGGCGCGGACGAAUUAUUCGGCGGAUACACGAGACACCGAACGACACUGAGGCACAAGGGUUGGGACGCUUUAACGCAAGAAUUGAACUUGGAAAUGGCUAGAAUCUCCGAAAGGAACUUGGGCCGCGACGAUCGCAUCGUGUCGGAUCACGGAAGACAAUCCAGACUGCCAUACCUGGACGAAAACGUGAUAGAGUACGUUCAAAGGUUAAAACCAUGGGAAAGAUGUUACCCGACAGACAAGAUGCCAUCGGGUUUAGGAGACAAAUUACUCUUACGUUUAGCGGCGUACAAACUCGGCCUCCGAGAUACCGCCAACUUUCCCAAGAGAGCUUUUCAAUUCGGAUCUCGAAUCGCCAAUGGCAAAGAAAACGCUCGAGAUAUAUCGGGUCGCUUGUAA